CGGCAAAUGGAGUACCCGAGCAUUGAGCUGAGCGCCGGUGACCUCGCCAAGCACUUUCGCAAAACGAGUGCGUUCGCCAAGGAGGCCAUGGCGACGACCGUGAGCAGCCACAAGAGCCUCGAGGCCGACGGCUACAAGAUGACGAUGGACAAGCACGGGUACCGGUGCUACCAGCGCGCGACGCCGACGUCGCCGUUCGAGGAGUUUUUCAUCCAGGGCACGUGCGAUACGACGCUCGACGAGCUCGCGUAUGGGCUCUACACGCCGACGACGCACGCGCACCGCGUCGUGCUCAGCUUGCUCUACAAGUACGACUUUCUCGACGGCGCGAUCUUGCAGACCGACAUGGCCAAGACGGACGACGACCCGUUCCGGUGGUUUGGCGUCAAGUACGCGCGUGUGCAUCUGCCGCUGCCCGUGCACACGGUCUUUCAGCCGCGCGACACCGUGUACGUCGAGCAAUCGGGCACGCGCCUCGACAGCAACGGCAACCGGACGCUCUUCCAGGUGCGGCACACGAUCGAGUCGAAAGCGUUUCCGCCCUUUCCGCACGUGGUCCGGUUCCAGUACCAGCUCGGGUUUCUCUUCACCGAGCUCCCGAACGGCAGCGUCCAGUUUACGAUUCUCGGCCACCUCAACCCGAUGGGCAACAUGCCGGCGUGGAUCUACAACAAGCGCACGUCGCAAAAGUACUAUGCCAACGUGACCAUCUUCUCGGAGCUCGCGCAGAUGCGCCGGCUCAUGGAGUCGCCGCGUGUUCGGUCCGUGCGUGCCAAAGACCGCUCGACGCAAAAGUGCGCGACCUGUCCGUCGUUCUCGAACCGCUGGUGCUUUUGCCGAACGUGUGGCCAGAUUACCUGCACGAAAUGCGUUGUCGUGAUUCCACAGCCGCUGCAAAACGUGCGACCGAUGGGCCGGUUCAGCCACCUCGCGUCCGUCUCGGACCACAACAAGCACAUUGGCCACCCGAUUGUCAAAGCGACGUACUGCAAGACGUGCUUUACCUCGACGCGCCUCCGGACACCGCGGCUCUCGCUCAACGGCGGCGGCACGCUCUCGUCCACCUCAAGCCGCUACGCGUUUAGCCCGUCGACGCCAACCGCCGACGAGCUCGACGAGCCGUCCCGCCCUUCGUCCUGCACACAUGCGUCGUUCGCUGACCGGUCGCAAACCUUCGAGUGCGACUCGCCGCUCUCAGACAUUUCGUCCGCGUCGUCGACCAAGUUUCGCAGCAAGAGCGCCGGCAAGCCGUACGGCUGGGAGGGACCGUCCGAGUACUAUGGUCGCGCCAAGUCAGAUGCGACGCUCCUCCACUCGCUCAACCCGUCGUUCGGCUCGGUAGAACGGGAACGAUAUCUGCACACCGCGAGUUCCGAGCCGUCGUUUGACACGGCGCUCUUUGCGUCCCUGCAGUACCAGCGCCACCUUGUCGAGGAGAUGCAGCUGUCGCUCGCGGCGCACCACAAGUCGCUCUCGGACCGGGGGCAGCGCGCAGUCGGCGGCCUUGUUUAG